CUGUUCUUUCACUGCGCCUCACGUUGUGUCCAUUCCGCGCACGAAGUCGUCAAAAAUCCGUCUUGACGAGCGGCUAUAACCCCCUCUGGUCCCUCCCACGAUCUGCCAAACAGCCUCCCACCUGUGACGUGACCUAUGACCUGAAGUCUUUUAAAACGCCAAAUCAACUUUGAUACUUCCGUUACAAGGCUAAUAAAAUCACUACAACGGUCGUAUACUGGUAUUUUUCAUAAAAUGUGUUCAAUGACUAGUUUAGGCGCUGUUUAAUGAAGAUUUUGUAUUGUUAAACCAGGUUGUUGCUGUCAAUUUCAAUAACUAGGGUCAAAGGUUACUAUCCCACAUGGUCCAAGAUGGCGGCUUCGGAAACAGAAAAUGUGCCGAGCCUGAGAAAUCUGACCAAACCUGGCUACGGGAGGCCGGAAAAAGCACAACACAGGCCUCUCCAAGACCUGGUCAGACCCCACGUUGAAUCCUUCAACUGGUUUUUGCGGGAGGGCCUCUCGCUUGCAGUACAGGCUAUACCAAACCUGGAUUUUUCGUUGUCAAAUGGUAGGAGGAUAUCAUUAGCCUAUGUGGAUGCUUCAGUAGGAGUUCCGACAGUUGCCCAGGGCAACGCGUUCUCUCGGACGUUGAAGGUGUUCCCCGCAGAAUGUCGUGAGCGAGGGACGACAUACCGUGCUGGUUUACAGGCCCGCAUCGCCUGGAGCGUGGACGGGGUCAACCAGGGGUCAGUGGAGAGCAUGCUGGGAGAAAUCCCCCUCAUGGUCAAGUCUGCCCACUGUAAUUUAUCUAAACUAACUCCUGCAGAGCUCAUCAAAAGACAUGAGGAAGCUGAGGAAAUGGGAGGGUACUUUAUCAACAAUGGCAUUGAGAAGGUUGUGAGAAUGCUGGUCAUGCCAAGGAGGAAUUAUCCGAUGGCCAUUGUACGUCCUAGCUGGAAGGGACGAGGCAAACUGUACACAGAGUACGGAGUGUCCAUGAGAUGUGUUACCAAGGACCAGACAGCUGCAACUAUAGUUCUCCACUACCUGACCAACGGCACGGUGACCCUGUGUUUUGUCUACAAGAAGGAGCAGUUCUUUGUUCCGAUUGUCAUUAUCCUGAAGGCCCUGGUGGAAGCCUCAGACAAACACAUCUAUAGUGAGCUCAUUAAGGGGAAAGAAGACAACUCUUUCUUUAAAGGAUGUGUAGCGAGUAUGCUGAGACAAGCCCAGAAUGAAGGUCUGAUGACCCAGGCUGGGAUCCUGAAGUAUAUCGGAGAGAGAUUCAGAGUAAAGCUACCUGUACCAGACUGGUACACAGAUGAGGAGGUGGGGCAGUUUCUACUCAGACAAUGUGUAUGCAUCCACUUAGAUUCAGACUUGGACAAGUUCAACACCCUUGUGUUGAUGACCCAGAAGCUGUUUGCCCUUGCCAAGGGUGAAUGUUCGAUAGAGAACCAAGAUUCUCCCAUGAUGCAGGAAAUGUUACUAGCUGGUCAUCUCUACCUCACCAUUCUCAAGGACAAGUUGGAGCUGUGGCUGACUCAGUUGAGGUACGGAAUCGACAAGCGGUCACAAGACAAGGGGCCGUCCUACAAACUAGACACAGUUGAGAUGAUGAGUGCGAUGAGACUGUGUAGUGACGUGACCAGAGGAAUGGAACACUUCAUGGCUACAGGAUCCGUGGUGUCCAAGUCUAACCUGGGACUGAUGCAGACGGCAGGCCUGACUGUCGUGGCAGACAAGUUGAACUUCAUGCGGUACCUGUCCCACUUCCGCUGCGUGCACCGUGGAGCGUUCUUCGCCGAGAUGAGAACCACGUCCGUCAGGAAACUACUGCCAGAAGCAUGGGGGUUCCUGUGUCCUGUGCACACCCCUGACGGAGCUCCAUGUGGGCUGCUCAAUCACAUGACUGCCAGUUGUGAGGCCGUUACGUUGCAGCCUUCCACAGUUCACAUUCCCAAGCUCCUUUGCUCCCUGGGUAUGGCUCCCUUGGACAGCCCUCCACCGGCUCCCCCUAGUGAGUGUUAUACAGUACUGCAGGAUGGCAAAGUGGUGGGAAGGGUGGCAGCUAACAUGGCACCUGACAUGGCCAAGAAACUCAGGAUGCUGAAGGUCACUAGAGAGGGGAAGAUCCCAGUGAUGACAGAGAUUGUGCUGGUGCCGAAGACAGGCAAGGCCAGCCAGUUCCCCGGCCUGUUCCUGUUCACCACGCCUGCACGCAUGAUGAGGCCUGUCAGAAACCUGUUCACAGGCACGGUCGAGAUGAUUGGAUCAUUUGAACAGGUCUAUAUGAACAUCUGUGUGAGACCAGAGGAGGCCCACCCCGGUGUGACGACUCACCAGGAGCUGAGGGAGACCUCCAUCCUGAGUGUUGCCGCCAGUUUCACCCCCUUCUCCGACUUCAACCAGAGCCCACGGAACAUGUACCAAUGUCAGAUGGGUAAACAGACCAUGGGGACCCCCCUCCAUGCGUUUGGACACCGGACGGACAACAAGCUAUACCGGAUCCAGAACCCCCAGUCCCCCACGGUCCGACCGUACGCCUACGAUCACUACCACAUGGACGACUACCCACUGGGAACAAACGCCGUCGUCGCUGUCAUUUCUUAUACUGGAUAUGACAUGGAGGAUGCCAUGAUUCUUAACAAGUCGUCAUUGGAGAGAGGAUUUGGCCAUGGCACCAUCUACAAAACAGAGAUCAUCAGUUUGAGGGACCUUGCUCAGAGUAACAGAGGCCCAGUAACUCUUGUGUUUGGAUGUGCAGCAGGAGACAAAAGGGCCGAGGGCAGGCUUGAUGAUGAUGGACUACCUCCCAUUGGGUCCAAGCUGGAGUCAGGUGACCCAUACUACAGCUAUGUGGAUAAGCAGACAGGCGAGGCCAGAGUGGUUUUCUACAAGAACCAGGAGAAGGCCAUAGUGGACAACAUCAAGGUCCUGGGCAAUGACCAGGGAACGUCAGACCUAAACAAGGUUGCCAUAGUCAUGAGGAUCAAUAGAAAUCCCAUCAUUGGUGACAAGUUCUCCAGUCGACAUGGACAGAAGGGUGUGUGCAGUCAGCAGUGGCCGGUGGAGGACAUGCCGUUCACAGAGGGGGGGCUGACUCCUGAUAUCAUCUUCAACCCUCACGGCUUUCCUUCCAGAAUGACAAUAGGAAUGAUGAUCGAGUCGAUGGCAGGAAAGUCGGCGGCGCAGCACGGCCUGUGUCACGACGCCACUCCCUUCACCUUCUCUGAGGACAACUCAGCCAUAGAUUACUACGGCCGCAUGCUGGUGGAAGCUGGAUAUAACUACUACGGCCAUGAGAGGAUGUACAGUGGGGUGACAGGACAGGAGUUUGAGGCUGAUAUCUUCAUCGGAGUGGUGUACUACCAGAGACUCAGGCACAUGGUGGCUGACAAGUUCCAGGUGAGAACUACAGGUCCCAUUGACAUCGUGACCCACCAGCCAAUCAAAGGCAGGAAGCGAGCCGGCGGGAUCCGGUUUGGAGAGAUGGAGCGAGACUCGCUCCUGGCUCACGGGACGACCUUCCUCCUACAGGACAGACUCUUCAACUGCUCCGACAAGUCAACGUGUCGAGUGUGUACCCAGUGUGGCAGUAUCCUGUCCCCCCUGCUGGAUAAACCGCCCAGUGAGCUGGCAGCCGUGUCUGUCCAGGCACGCAGGUGUUGGUACUGCAGUGUCUGCCAGAAUUCAGACUUCAUACAGCUGAUCUCCGUUCCUUACGUCUUCCGCUACCUGGUGGCGGAACUCGCAGCCAUGAACAUCAAGGUUACCAUGGAAACCAAGUAACCAAUGGCAGAACGUCUUAGUUACCAUAGAAACUAAAUAACCAUUGAUAAACAUAGUCACAGCUUGUAGAUAGGUACAAAUAACAUGGAAAGUAAAACAGCUCCACCUGUCAUGUGUCUCAUGUACUGCAUUAUCUAUAUUUCUAAGAGAUAAUGUAUAUUCAGCCUGUAAGGGAUCGACUUUGAAUUGAUACUAUUUUACUAAACUGUACAGACUGUAAUAGAUUGAACUAUUGUUAACAGUCAUAAGCUGAUGCAAUACAGAUAUUACUUGUACAAAUCAGGCACGGAAGUGAUGUUGAUAUGAAAGUUUUUUAAGCUUAGUUAAAGCUUAAAGUUCUAGUGUGCCAUGAAUUUCCAGCUUCACCUAUCUGUUAGCCUAAGGUGUCAGAAUGAAAGUGUGAUGCAAUACUUUUAUAAAUUAAAGCUAACUUAACUUCUAGAAUAGUGUUGAGUGACUUGAGUCUUUGACCAGUUGGGAACCAUUUUUGGAUGAUCUCUGCAAAACAUGGUGGCUGCAGUACUUCUAUUCUUCACUGGGUGGUGCUUUUGGAGCACCAUGUCAGAAACAUACAUGUACAA